UCUGAUUGGAUGGUGGGGAAUGGAAGGAUGUAUACCCCUUGCAGACAGCACUAUUUUAUUAUUAGUAUGUUAUUACCUGGUGACUCUGAUGACACAGAUAAACCACCAGGUGAUCUUAGCAACUUGCUAAAAGAAUGCAAAUGACCAGCUGUCAUGGCCCCCAUAGACAAUGCCAUGAUCACUAAUUUCUGUUCCUUACCAAGAUACUUCUCAAUUGAAUACUAUUAAGUUGUUAAGUAGAAUUAUUGGUAGUUAUAGUACUGAUGUACCUGCAAAGUGCAAGCUUUCUCUGGCUUGAAUUAUCCUAAUGUCUAAUUUGAGGGAAAUCCUUAAAUAUCAUGUUGGGAAAUAAUAUUUUAAUAAGACACAAAUCUACUCAGAAAUCACUGAGCUCAGUGAAUCUUAUUCUCUGCUAAGCACAUGCACAAUUGCAACCUAACCCUGUUUUCAAAAAAAGAUUAUAACUAUGUUGUUAUUUAAUUCCUAUACAAUGCACAGGGCAAUCUGUAGACUAUUCUGAACAAAAAAAUUAUCAGAUCUAUAAUAACUGCUCAGCAUUAAUCCACUGUAACCUUGGAACUUGCUUGGCUUAAAUUUCCCAACUUUCUGUUCUGUUAACACUUAACCAAUACAAAUAAAUGGCUGCUGCAAACAACCAACCACUUUUCUUGUUUUUAUGACUCAUGUCUUUCAAAUAAACGUUGAUAUUUAUUAACAGUGGCAUGUUUUAUUGGAAGUGAAAGUGAUCUAUGCCCGCAGUACUAUUUACAUUGCUAUAUUAUUCCUAGGCUUCCCAUGAAUGUUUUUAAUCCAAUAGGAAUUUCUGCCCCUUGAAGGAAGAGAUUCUAUUGAACUAUCAUUUGCCUUACAGCUUGAUAUUUUUUAGCCAUGAAAAGAAACAUCUUCAUAUAUAUUAACCUUCUGAGCUUUGUAGUUGGAAAAGGGCUUGGAUGUUUCUGUGAUCAUUAUCCAUGGAGUGCUUGGUCCAGCUGUUCAAAAACGUGCAAUUAUGGAACACAAAGCCGAAUCAGGGCAAUAGUGCGAGAUGAUUAUUAUAAUAAGAAUUUUUGUGACCAACUGUGCCAAUGGGUUGAAUCUCGGGCUUGUAGCCAGCAAGCAUGUCCAAUCAACUGCCAACUCGGUGACUGGGAAGAGUGGUCAGAAUGUGACCCAUGUGUUAAAAAACAGUUCCGUGUCAGGCCUCUGCUACAACCAUCUCAGUUUGGAGGUCAGACUUCUUGUGGGCAGAUGGUGGAUGACCGGCCCUGUUUUCCAGAAAAAUUAUGUAACAUAGAGGAAGUGAACUGUGCAAAUAAGUUUCAGUGUGAUAACGGACGCUGUGUUGCCAGAAAGCUAAAAUGUAAUGGAGAAAAUGACUGUGGAGACAAUUCAGAUGAACAAAAUUGUCGGAAAAUAACGCUUGUCUGCCAGUCAAGACUGGAAAGCAUACCCAGUGUGCAACUCAUGGGCCUUGGGUAUCAUAUCCUGGCUGGAGAAACCUGUGGAGAAAUCCUUGAUUAUUCAUUCAAUAAUGGUAGCUGUGUGGUGCUGAAAAGUGAAAACCAAAGAACUAGAUAUCGUCUACCUGCUAAUCUCUACAACAUCAGUUUUGAGGUGAAAACUCAAGAAGAUGACGUGAUAACAAGGUCCUACACCAGCUUAACAUCCUUGGUCCGUUCUCAUGAUAAAACCUCCUCUUCUAGGCAUGUUUCGGGGGGUACUAGUGGAAUCCCUUAUUUCUGGGGGUCAAUAUCAACCACAACAUCAACCUCAUCUUAUCAGUUCAAGCAAGCCAUUAAAGCAUCCCAAAAAAUGUCUUCCAAUUAUAUUAGGAUCCAUAAGGUGUUUGCAGUUUCAAAUUUCACGGUGAAGGAGCAAGAUCUGCAGCUCUCUGCGGUGUUCUUAAGGUCUCUCAACAAUCUGCCUCUGGAGUACAACUAUGCCUUAUACAGCCGGAUUUUUGAUGACUUUGGGACACAUUAUUACACCUCUGGUUUAUUGGGAGCCAAAUAUGACCUUCUGUACCAGUUUAGUGAGGAAGAAAUAAAAAAUUCAGGUUUAACCACAGAACAAAUGGAAAGCUGUGUACAAACAGAGACACAGAAUUAUGUUUUCUUCUUUAAGUCAACUGAACAUCAUGGGUACUGCAGCCGAAAUAAGCUUACAGAACGCCAUGAAGGUUCCAUGUUGAAGUCAUCUGAACGGUCCAUUUCCCUGGUUAAGGGUGGGCAGGCACGGUAUGCUGCAGCUUUAGCCUGGGAGAGAAAAGGCUCUUUGCCAGGACACGAGAUCUUUAAUGACUGGCUGGAAUCAGCCAAAAACAAUCCAAGUGUGAUUGAUUUUGAGGUUUCCCCGAUUGUGGAUUUGGUGAAGAAUUUCCCAUGCUCUGCCACAAAACGUUUUAAUCUCAGGAAGGCCUUUUCUGAAUAUAUGAGCAAAUAUGACCCCUGUCACUGUGCCCCAUGCCCCAAUAAUGCUCAACCAGUUUUAUCAGAAACUGGAUGCCUCUGUGUAUGUAAGUCUGGAACAUAUGGAAGCAACUGUGAGCUGAGAGCACCUGACUACAAAUCAGUUGCAGUAGACGGCUACUGGAGUUGCUGGUCAGCAUGGAGUGCUUGUGAUGCAUCUUUUAAGAGGCAAAGAACUCGGCUGUGCAACAAUCCUGAACCCAUGAAUGGAGGAAAACCUUGUAAUGGUGACGCUGAAGAUGAGGAAUUGUGUUUUAUCCCAUUAUUUAAAAGCCAGGGUGCUACUUGUGUAAACGAUGAUGACUAUACUGAAGAAGGCCGGAUAAAACCUAAAUGUGACACAGGAUGUUUCACUCCAGAAGCACCAGAAAAUGGAUUGAUCAGGAAUGAAAAACCGUGCUAUGACGUUGGAGAACAAGCAGAAGUGCUUUGCUUCAGUGGCUAUUUUCGCUCAGGAUAUCCAUUUCUUCGCUGCCUUGCAGACAAAACAUGGGCACAACAGAACGUUGAGUGUCAAUGGUUGGCUUGUGACAAACCACCAGUUUCAGAUGCUGUCCAUCUGACCCCAUUUAAAAUUCAGUACGAUGUUGGGGACAAGGUCCACCUGAGCUGUCCUAGAGGGUACAGUCUUACAGGCCCAGGGACUUUCAUAUGUGGGGACCAAAUGUCCUGGAUCCCUGCUGUUCUGAACUCACUUGAUUGCAGGAAAAGUGAGCCACUUCAGGUCAAAGAUAAUUGCAGUCUUGGGAAAAAAGAGGUGGAUUCUCAUUGUGUCUGCAUAUCCCCGGAAGAGGACUGCAACACUGGCUCAGAAGGUAUCUGUGUAUUGGAUGUACAAUCUGAAGAAGCUGUUACAAAUCCUAGCUGUCAUUUUCUGGCCGAAAAGUGCAGGAAUGAUGAACAAGUCCAUUUUAUCCAUAAUGGACCUUGCAGUGAUGACACCAGGUUGACCUGGGCUAUUGAGAGAGCAAAUCUUUCAGCAAAUGCAAGAAAGAAAGAUCUGUGUGGAUAUGAUGUAUGCUAUGACUGGGAAAGAUGCUCAGAAGAAAGAUUGCAUUGUACUUGCCUUCUUCCAAAUCAGUGUCCAAAGAGUGAAGAACAGGUCUAUUGCAUUCAGUACGGGUCUAGAAACCAAAGGAGGACAUCAACCCUCUGUGUACUGGGAGCCAUGAAAUGUGCCAAUGUGAAGGCAAUGCUGUUGCAUCCUGGGAAAUGUGUGCCAUAAAAGGAGUGGCAAACAGAUAUCUGAUGUACUCAAUCCUAUUUCGAUCACAGUUCAAAACAAAUUCAUUGAAUUAAAAUGUUGAUAUAAGAACUGGA